AUAAAAAUGAAAUAAUAGAUUGUUAAUUUAUUAAUAAAUUAUCUCUGCACUGCCUCAGGUGCAUUUUAUAAUAAACUUUAACAGUAAUUCAAUAGACAAUAGUAAUUUAACAGUAUGGAAUACAAACAUCAUAAAUAUAUAAAGCUCUGUGUGUGUGUGGGGGGGGUUCUCUCGCGAGCGCUCUCUGUGUGUGUGAAGGGGUCUGUGUCUGUGUGUGUGUGUGUGUCUGUGUGUGUGUGUGUGUGUGUGUCUGUGUGUGGGGGAGGUCUCUCGCGCUCUGUGUGUGUGUGUGUCUGUGUGUGUGUGUGAGGGAGGUCUCUCGCUGUCUCUCUCUGUGUGUGUUUUAUAUUAAACAGACGCGUCAAACUGGUCUGACCCCGCCCGCCGAUAACUGUAGGCCCCGCCCACGCUGUGAGCCGUACACACAGCCCAUGUGUAUUGCCAUGGAAACCCUGCGCGUGCCCUGUGUGUCAGCGCGAGGGAAACAGACGCUAAAGUUAGCUCCAGCUCCAGAUUUCGGGUAAUUCGCAGCUCACGCGCGGUUUCCGGUCUGCAGUGAUCUCUCCCCGCGGUGUAGUGGAGCUCUCCUCCUCCUCUCCGGUAGUUUAUCUUCCUCACAGCAGCUCUGACUGCAGUGCAGUCAGGUAAACUCACCGUUAGCCUGUUAGCCAUUUAUAAAACAGAGAUCUGUUCAUCCAUAUACACUGUAAAGGGAAAUAAUGAGUGUGGAGGGCGUGUCCUCUCUACUGAUGACAUCAUCACCAGGCGGAUCACACACACUUCCUGUGGAACACCUGGACUACACCUACAUCCAACAGUGUGGAGAUUUGAAAUACCUGGAAAAGAUCCUACAUGUGCUCAGGUCAGGCACAGAGGGGGUGUAUCCACACCUGACAGAUUUCUGUGAGAAGCGUAUCGAGACGUUGGACCCGAGACAUCGUGCUCUGAGGAAGGAGGCGUUUCCAGCAACCGCCGCCUCCUUCACUACAGACGAGUGGAAACACAUCACUGAUGACUUACAGGCCUGGCAGAGAGAGAUCACAGAGAGUGAGCAGCAGCUCAUGCAGUCACCCACCUUCAACACUGACACACUCCCACCUGUACACAACCGUACACUACAGAGACCAACAAACACCAAAGCCACUACAAACCACAAUAAAAGAUGUGCUGUUCCCCGUCCAUACAGCGACUGGGACAGGUUUGAUGUUGAUGAAGAGUGCGCUAAGGUAGAUGAGGGUGUAAAUAACAGUGACACCCCUGCUGUGAUAAACUCCGCCCACACACGCAUCACACAACACAUGGACAGCUCAGCUCUGACACGGCAGGAGAAAUGUGUGUUAGCCACUCGAGAGAGGGAAAAAGGAAACGAGGCCUUCAAGGCCAGGGAUUGGGACGAGGCCAUAGUCUACUACACCAGGAGUCUGUGUAUCUUGCCCACAGUAGCUGGGUUUAAUAACCGAGCUCAGGCUGAGAUUAAACUGCAGCGCUGGACUGAUGCACUGAGAGACUGUGAUGCUGUGCUACACAUCGAACCACACAACUGUAAAGCUCUGCUGCGUCGUGCAACUGUACAUACACACCUGGGGAAGCUACAGGCAGCGUAUGAUGACAUCACAAACGUUCUUCAGUCUGAACCUCACAACAUCACAGCAAAGAAACUCCUACAGGAAGUGAAUAAGAAAAUAUACACAGAGCUGCAGCACAAGCCAUGCCCACCAAACCAGCCAAUCAGAGGCAAGAAGCUUCUGAUCCAGGAAGUGGAUGAUGAAAAGGAGGAAGAGACAGAUGCUGAAACUGCAGGAGUGGACAAACGGACUCCGAGGGACAGGAAAGGACAGACAGAUGGAGAGAUGGAGAGACAGACAGAUGGAGUGAGACAGGGUGUGGAUGCUGCAGCAGUGAGGAGUGAAGGAAAUGAGCUGUACAGGAACGGACAAUAUGGAGACGCAGCUGAGAAAUACACUCACGGCAUCACAACACUUACACAAUCAGGUGUGUACAGUAAGGAUAACAUGUUUUUUCUGUACUGUAACAGAGCUGCGUGCUACCUGAAGAUGGGACAGUGUUCUGAGUGUGUGUUAGACUGCUGCCGAGCUCUGCAGCUGAAGCCGUUCAGUGUGAAAGCUCUGUUGAGGCGAGCGACAGCGUUUGAGACUCUGGAAAAGUUUCGACUCGCUUAUGUGGAUUACAGAACUGUACAACAAAUACACAACACAUACUGUGUACAACAGCAUGUCAACAGGCUCACUCAGGUGCUGAUGGAGCAGGAUGGUUCUGAUUGGAGAACAAAACUGCCAGAGGUUCCGUUUGUCCCAAUAUCAGCUCGACAUGAUGGUACAGAGACUCCGCCCACAUCACAAACCACAGCCAGCACACACACUGUGUCCACCAUGAAAACUCCACCCACUACAGAGACUCCACCUAUCAUGAAGACUCCACCCACAAAACAGUGUCCACCCACAAUGGAGAUACUGCUACACACAGAGGCUCCGCCCACUGGUGCUCCAUCAGAAACACGCAGGCGCAUCAACAUAGUAGAGGUGGAGAGUGAUAUUACUGAUGAUGAGGAUGAAGAUGGUGCUGCUGCUGAUGGUGAGGAAGACGAUGGUGAUGAAGAUGAUGAGGAUGAAGUUGGUGCUGCUGCUGCUGCUGCUGAUGGAAAUGAUGUCAUGACCUCCAGUCCAGCUAAUGCCUUUGAGUUUGGCCAGGCACUGAAUGCGGCCCGUUGCCAUGGUGACCUGGCGGCGUGUGCCCAGCUCCUGAGAAGUGUGUCACCUCACACCCUCCCUCACCACAUCAGCACACUGCUGGACACAUACACACUCAGCUUCAUCACACACACACUGCACACACACAUCCUGCCCACUGACCCCGGCCUGGUGUACCGUCUCCUCACACACCUGCACACCACCGACAGGUUCACGGUGGUUCUGAUGCUGAUGGACUCAGAUGAGAGGAGACAGAUCACACAGCUGUUUGAAUGUUUGCGUAUGGUGCAGUGUGACGAGUUCACACACGAGAACAUUAACAGCCUGGCUAAGAAAUUCAUAUAACACACACACACACACACACACACACACACACACACACAUACACACACACACACACACAUUAAUGCAUGAAAAUUUGUGGCUUUAAUAUGAAUGUUUUUUUUUCUGGUGUGGCGUUUGAUGGGUGCAGUCAGUGCUAUUUCACCUGCUUAUUGUUCCAAGUGUUCAUAAUGAAAAGGUAUAUAGGGAAAAAGUCCUGCCCUGUGGCCCCGCCCUGUCCAGUAGUGUGGCUCCACCCCUCUAGUAAUUGGGAGAGAGAGAGCUGAUGUGAUUGGUGUUGAAUUUGCUUCAUUUCCACAGCACUGUGCCCCUCCCCCACUUCUCCACCGACUGAGGAAGCUGAAAUAAAGCACACGUCUCUCUCAUUA